AUGCGUCUUGCUGUACGCUUGCUGCGUCCAGCAGCCAAUCAAAACGUAAAGAAUCCCAAACUUUGGCAAGAUCCCGUGCUUGGAUACUUCGAAACUCACGGUAAAACCGAGUUUCUUCCUGGAGAACAAUACAACUUGACAGACGACGAGAAGAAAGCAGUUCUUUGGAGGUAUCGUGUGAAAGAGAUUCUCAAGAAGGAAUAUCUACGUCGUGAAUACGAUCCUCACAAUUUCAAAUACAAGGAGGGUGUGGUGAUGGAUCCUGCCAUGUUCCGUUGGUAUUCGGCUGACAUGACACAGGCAGAAUUCUUCCGGAUGACUCCACGAUCAGUGUUCCUUUAUGUGGGAUCUGUUCUUCUGAUAUUCUAUCUUUACACACGGAUUGUCUUCAUACCAAUAGAUAAAUCGAACGAAGCUUGCUUGGAUGGAGAAAUGUUGUGGUGGGAUCGUCAACGAGGUCGUACACUGACCACGUGUGGAUCGGGAAAACUUGCACCCAUUUUGACAGGCUCUUGUGAAAUGGCGGAACUAAAAGCCGCUCUCAAGCAAGCGAAAAAGUUACUGGGCGAAAACCAUAGUGAGGAUGCCUUGAAAGUGCUGCAGGAGUUUCUUGAUGAUGGCGUUGAAGACUACAUGAUGUUCUGCUUUGCCGCGUUAGCUUACGCCAACAUGGAUGAUAAAACCAAGGCUAAGGAUCUUUACGAAAAGAAAGAUCUGGGCAAGGAUUUGGUUCUAAUGGGAAAGAUUAUAGAGCGGUUAUCUAAAAAGGAUGUCCUCACAUCAACAGAGAGUACAUUGUUAGAAAAAGUCUUCGGUGAAGUAGAAAGUUCACUUGAAACAAACGCUGAGUGGAAUUUACAUUACUGCAGAUUCCUCUACAAGGUACUUCCCAUUGCACCUGUUAGAAUGCUUUCA